AUGGGCCUGUUCAGCUCGCUCAAGGGCAAACUCGAUGUUGGCGUCGACGACCCGGCCCAGCAACCAAGCCGAGAAAACUCAGCUCAUGACGGCUGGUCGGCUACGCAGGAAAAGCGUCGUUUAUUCGGCCGUGGAGGGAAUACACAAUCAUCGAAGAGCGAGCAAUACGUCCCGCCAUCUGGCCCACCACCGUCUCACCGCACCCAGGGAAAGGGAGAGGGGACUGCAGGGUUUUCGCCCCCUCCAGGGCCGCCGCCGUCACAUUCAAAGCACGAACAAGAUACAUACGCUCCGCCGCCUGGUCCGCCGCCGUCACAAUCCACGAACCCGCCGCCGUACCAUGACUGGACCGUAAUCCCAGACACGGCUCUUCUCCCACCACCACCCGCGCUGCCACAAGACUACUCACCCACGAACAAUGCAAGUUACGACUCGGCUGAAAGGGCACACGCCUGGUGUGCCAGCAACCCGUUGUACACGCCGUCAAUCCCGAGCUCUGAGCUCUACGCGCUCGCCACCGCCGGACUCCUCAGCCUAGAGGCGCCUCCACCGCAACUCUGGACCGGAUCCCAACUCCGCCAGGCCUCACCGAGUAGCUAUCACGUCAAGACAGUCAAGAAACAACAAGACGCGAUCAUCCUCUCUACCAUCCCCCUCUACUUCGCGGCCAAGGACCAUCCAUUCUUGACCGAGCGCCCCAAGACAAUCUACUUCGAGAUCCGGAUCGUCAACAUCGCGGAUGCAAACUCCGGCAUCGCCCUCGGUUUCGCAGGCAAGCCGUACCCGCCGUGGCGGCUGCCUGGCUGGCACCGUGCGAGCCUCGGCGUGCACGGCGACGAUGGGCGACGCUUCGUACACGACCCCUGGGGCGGUCGGGAUUUCGUGGCGGCGUUUCAAGCAGGCGAGACGAUUGGGAUCGGUAUGACGUUUUCGACCGAGGAGUUGAGGUUGCCGGGGGCGGAGGGCCGCGUUAAGACUCGGGUGUUUGUCACACGGGGCGGGAAGAGGGCGGAUCGUGACGGCUGGGAUGUCGACGAGGAGCGUGACGAGAGAGAUGAAGGCGUCGAUGGCCUCAUGGGUGAGGCUGACCUUUAUCCUGCGAUCGGCGUCUUCGGAGGCGUCGAAUUCGAGAUUAACCUCGGCAGGGAGGGCUGGUUGUGGCGGCCGAGAGACUAG